UGGGAAGCCAGAGUUGAUAGUCACGGCCGUAUAUUUUAUAUUGACCAUAUUAACAGACAGACAACGUGGCAGCGCCCCCUAUCUAAUACCCAUACAGUACAUCGUAGACCGACCAUCAGCUCGGAACAAAGACAACAACUCGAUAGAAGGUAUCAAAGUAUUAGAAGAACUAUCACCCAAAGAGAUCCAGAAUCAAGUUCUGGAAAUACACCCAUGGAUAUGCCAGCUUUAACAACACCAGAAGUAAGUCCACAAAGUUUAGUCACCGUCACUCCGACAGAAAGAUCUGUCUACAAACUUCCAGCAGUGAAAUUCCUAACGAGACCCGAUUUCUUUCCGAUGUUGCAAGGGAAUGAGGCGGCUCUUUCUGAAUAUAAUAGAAACGGUCAGUUAAAACACAUGGUAACCAGGAUUCGACGUGAUGCUCAAACUUUCGAUAGAUAUCAACACAAUCGUGACCUAGUUCUAUUUAUAAAUCUCUUCGCUGAUUUUAAUAAAGAGGUUCCACGACGAUGGGAGAUGAAGUUAGAUCGUACGGGAAAGACAUUUUUUAUAGAUCAUAAAAUGAAAAUAACAACUUUUAUAGAUCCACGCCUACCAACGGACGUUCCUUUGAUUAAUACAGAUUUCUUACAAACACCACUACAGGCUGUGCACGUUCAAGAUCCCUCGACAGUUGGAAAUCAAAAAGAGCAGGCUAAUGCUGAUGUCCUAGCAAAAUUUUCCUCAUUGCACCCUGCAUGGCGUUGCUUUUCUUCAUUAGCCCACAUGGUGCGGAAAACCUAUAAUGAAAAAGUGGUAUUAUUUUUACGCCAGCCGGAAAUCGACGACAUUUUAAAAGAAAAAUACGCCUCGUACAGCGGCAACAGUUCCCUACGCGAUAAAAUACACAAGAUAAAGAAUCAUGGGAUUGAAGCGUUGGAUAGAUUAUGUAAUGAUAUAGACCUAACUAUAUUAUUGAGCGUUUUUGAGCAAGAUAUCAUGUCCUACAUACCCCAAUCUUUAAAAAAUCCUGUUGUAGACACCAAUCAAGGUUCGCCCCAAAAUUCUCCUGCUGUCCAGCGAGCGCCUGCCAGAGUACCUGCCCCAUAUAAACGUGACUUCCACGCUAAAUUACGCAAUUUUUAUAGAAAAUUAGAAUCAAAAGGUUAUGGUCAAGGCCCUGGAAAAUUAAAAUUAACUGUAAGGAGAGAUCAUGAAGGGUUCACAGUUAAGGAUCCUUUCUACCAGCUGGUCCUUGGUCAAACCUCUUGGUUAGAUUAUGGCGGACCCUCCAGAGAAUUCUUCUUCCUGUUAUCUCGCGAGUUAUUCAACCCGUAUUACGGACUAUUUGAAUAUUCGGCGAAUGACACAUAUACUGUACAAAUCAGCCCAAUGUCAGCUUUCGUAGAAAACGCUCAUGAAUGGUUUCGAUUCGCAGGAAGAGUUCUUGGCCUCGCCCUGGUACAUCAAUAUUUAUUAGACGCUUUUUUUACUCGUCCAUUUUAUAAAUUUAUACUGCGAGUGCCUUGGUCGUUAGAAGAUGUUGAAACAAUAGAUGCUGAGUUUUACCAAAGUUUAUUAUGGAUAAAAGAUAACGACAUUACAGAAUCAGAUUUAGAUUUAACUUUCUCUGUUAGCGAGGAAGUCUUCGGACAGGUAACAGAAAGAGAAUUAAAACAAGGUGGAAGUAAAUUACCAGUCACGGAAAGAAACAAAAAAGAAUAUACAGAAAAAAUGGCGAAAUGGAGAUUAGAACGAGGUGUUUCUGAACAGAUAGAAAGUUUAAUUCGAGGAUUCCACGAGGUUGUAGAAGCUCGUAUCGUGUCAAUAUUUGAUGCUCGCGAGUUGGAAUUAGUGAUAGCUGGAACCGUGGAGAUUGAUAUCGCAGACUGGAGAAAAAAUACAGAAUAUAGAUCAGGGUAUCACGAUCAACAUCCAGUUAUACAGUGGUUUUGGACGGCCAUUUCGAAGUUUGAUAAUGAGAGACGUCUGCGUUUACUUCAGUUUGUAACAGGAACGUCCAGUAUUCCGUACGAGGGGUUUUCAGCUUUAAGAGGAAGUAAUGGUCCGAGAAAAUUCUGUAUUGAAAAAUGGGGUAAAACCACAAGUUUACCAAGAGCUCAUACGUGUUUUAAUCGACUAGAUUUGCCGCCAUAUUCUUCAUGUGAUAUGUUAUUCGAGAAGUUAGUGAUGGCCGUGGAGGAAACCAGUACGUUUGGAAUAGAAUAA